AUGGCGGACGCACACCAUCCACGACCCCACCGUCUCUCGCGUCUUCCAGCAUGGUUUACCCGAUGGCUAGGAUACCGAGCGUCUCCUCCACCGAAGCUCCCUGAUUGGCUUAUUUGGCUAUGGACAUGGAUUGCUGCAUUCUGCGGCAUCUCCGUGAUACAAGCUGUAUUCACUUAUUCCCAUUACUUUGUGGAGAGAGGCGCACCGACUAUAGUCGCGAGUUACGGUGCAUCGGCCGUCCUUAUCUAUGGUGCAAUUGACGCCCCGCUCGCCCAGCCCCGGGCCCUCAUGGGUGGCCACUUCAUCGGCGCCCUCACCGGCGUAAUCAUCACAAAACUCGUCCACCUCGUCCCAACCGAGGAGCGCUACCUCGAGCUCCAAUGGCUCGCAGGGUCGCUCGCCUGCGCAACAGCCAUCGUCAUCAUGCAGAUAACCUCUACCACGCACCCUCCCGCAGGCGCCACUGCCCUCCUCGCUGCAGUUAACGCCGACGUGCGGCACCUAGGGUGGUACUACCUCCCGAUCAUACUGUUGACAUCGACGUUGGCGUUGGCUGUGGCAUUGGUAAUGAAUAAUAUCCAGAGGAGGUAUCCAGUAUUCUGGUUCCAGCCCGCCGUCAGCAUACCUGCGAAACCAUCGCCUGACCUCGUCUUCUGUGCCUUGUGCACCUCAUCUUCGGUGUAA